AUGGGCCUUCUCACUAAGUUUAAAUCCGACGACAAGCGCAAGGGCUUUUCCUUGAAACCGCUGUCUUCCAAACUUAACAAGGAACUUAAAAGAAACCAUACUUCUGAAUCUUCAGUCACUGAAGCAUCCGAAUUUCUGCUGACGGCCUCCGCCUCGUCUUACUCGUCUCAAGAUUCACAUCGGAAAGAACCGCCAAAGCAAUUUGCCUCCACUUCCAGACCUGACCCACACGUCUCGCCUCUGACGAGCCACAUUGCUUACCCGGCACCACAGAAGGCUCCACUUGCAGUAAACAGGCGAAGUCAUCCGUCGUACCGGCAAAGUUCAAUUUCUCUGUCGUCUAUCGCUUCAAACAAUUACGCAGGCGGGAUUAAGCCUCCGUACCUUGACGCUACACAAAACUCUCAACGGAGAAUUCUGCAGAAGUCCAUGCUGAUGAAUGUUUUAACCAAGAAUCAUCGGGCAAGCAUGUCCAUCCCUCAUUCUGUCUCCACAACGCAGCUCUCCGAUACUUCCACCAUGGAAACGAGUUCCGAAUAUGAGAGCGAGCUGGAUGCGGCCCACAAACACCCUUAUUAUGAGCAAUGGAAACAAUAUUACGCAGCAUUAGCGUCGUACAAGACGCCUCAAAACGAAAGAGACCCUGAAGCAUAUUACCGAACUAUGAACGCCGUUUCACCCCAAAUUUCUCCAGAUUUGGGUGAAAGAAAUCACUCCUACUUCAACACUGCGAGCCCUCGUUAUUACAAUAGCAACUUUGAACAUGCAUUCGAAGACACACAUAAUAGUAAGUUCUUAAUGAAGUCCCGCCAAUCAACAAUCAGAAGUACAAGGUCGUUUUCCGUUCCUCUGAUAGCACCUAGGAUACAGCCUUCUGCUAUCAGUAACAGAUCCGUGUCUGUUAAUGUCGAAUCAGAGGACUCUCCUUCACCAAAGGAAGAAGAGGAAGAUUUUACUGGAGCCAAGCCAAGUGUGUUGGGCUCAUCAAAUAAAGUAAAUACGGCACUGUUGGCCCAUGGGUUACUGAAGUUGACAAUGGAAGAACAACCGACGGCAGACAUUUCGGACUACGAGGCUUUUUUCUUCAAUGAGAGUGGAGAACUUGAGGAGCAAUUAGUGGAAGAACAAAAUGGAAGCUCAUCAGCUAGCCCAAAGGAAGAUGCCAGAAACAGCAUAGAAGAAAACUCACCAGCUACACCAGACCCGCAACAACAGCCUUUUGGCCAUACACAUGCGAUAUUAAGCCCAGAGUUGACUGGUCCUGAAUUGGAGAGGGCGUCAUUGCCCCAAAAAUUAUCGCAACCACCCUCGCUUCCUGCUUCGUAUGGGUCUGUUUCGCGGACAUCUUCCAGAGACUCUGCCAGCUCUUUCAACUCACUUCAGAGUGAAAAGAAAUUCAAGGUGGGCAACUCUCGCCGAAUCGUUGACCAUGAAACUGAUAGUGUCAAACGGGCAUCUCGUUUUGUCCCUCCAAUGCCGGGUCCACCACCUCCGCAACUAAGGAACUCAUACUUCCAAAGCCCUGAUGCCAGCCCUAUGCGCAAUAGCGUCGCCUCGUUCCCAAUACAGAACGCCGCUUACUUGCAACAAAUCCAGCAACAAAUCCAGCAGCUCCAACAAAUGCAGCAGAUGCACAUGCCUGGUUUCACCAAUGGUCGUAUGCCAUUCAGUUCGAGCCCAUCCCCACCACCACCAAAGUCAACAGAUGACACUAUUAACAAUGCCAUCGAAGAAUUCGUCUAUUUGAGAAAUAUCAUCGCAGCAGGCAACAAAAGCUUUGAAUUCCGCUUGAAGUGGGUCAAAAUGUUAUUGGAGGCUUGUAACUACAAGCUUUUUGCGUAUAUAAAUAUCAGAGGAAAAAGCAUUCCUUCCGACCAGAUUGCAACCAACAAACAAUUCUUCAUCAAGUCGUUUUUAACUCAUCUCCAGAAACUUCUUAAGGAACUCGAGGGACUGUCGGAUCCAUCUGAUUUAAAGAUUUUCGCUGAGGCGUGUUAUCUCUAUGGAUGCCUUCUUAAGCAUGAAUAUGUUCCUAAGUACGAACAGGACUUUGGAAUUGUUAGGGAUGAUGAGGAGGCUGAACGGUACUUGCUCAAGUGCUUGGAUAUGUAUCCUGGUUUCUUCAAGGCUCAUUUCCAGUUGGGUGACUUGUACGAGCAACAAAAUACCGAAGAAAAGUUUGAAAUGGCUCUAGCUCACUACAAAGAGUCUGCGCGAAUGGGAUUCAACAGGGCAAUUUAUCAAGUGGCCAUGCUUCUCUUGACUGUUCCAAGCAUUCGUCUGACCAAGUUUUUGAAGUACUUGCGCAACUUGUCGGAUAUCAACAUGAACUCAAAGGACAUUGUUCUCAGUGGAUUUGACAGAAAUGAACUAGAGGAAGUGGUUGGAUUGGCGCUGUUCCAGUUGGGUAAAAUAUACGAGGGAAUUUACCCAGGUGAUUUGAAUCCUGAAGACGAAUUCAUUGCUGAGUGCCUUGAGAUCGCUCCCGUGAACUAUGUUAAAAGUUUAACAUACUAUAAUCGGGCUGCUAAGCUCCAUUGUCUCCAAGCCCAAGUUAAGUUGGGCUACAUAUACGAAAAUGGGGAAUUGAACAGACGGAAAAACGCGAACAAGUCAAUCCAAUGGUUUAUCAAAGCAUCAACCUCUCCUCUCAAGUUCAAACGGCAUCCAGAAGCUCUUUUAGGAGUAAGCAGGUGGUUUAUGAGGGGCUCCAAUGAGGAGAGCAAACAUAUUCCACACCCUGACCCCCAGAGAGCGGUCAUUUGGUGUGAAAGGGCGUGUAAGGAGUUCAAUUAUCCAGAGGCUUUUUACGUAAUGGGCACAUAUGCUGAGAUGGGGCUCGUUGAAGGAACCCCAAAAGAAUGGUUUGACAAUGCUUACAGCUUGGGUUUUAUCCCUCCAGACCAAAUUGCAUGA